ACAUUAAUUUGAAGAGCAUAUGAAUGAGGCAUUCGACUGCUUGACUCUGUGAGAGCAUGUUCAUGAUGGGACUACCCUGGCUGCUAGUUUUGGAGCUUGUCCUUUAUGCUGGCUGUUUCAUCUGUGGGGUUAUCGCUGCCGCCUGGCUGACACUCACUCAGGGCCACUUUGAUGGACAAUGCAUCCUUUAUGGCAGUGUUCUCUACAAUGAAUCCAGCGAGACUCUCACAGUGGAGGGCUCCACUUCUCCCUCUGUCUGCUAUUUUGUGUCAGCCAUCGCUGUGUGCAUGGCUAUUUACUGCUUUUCCCAUAUUCUCUACUGGAUCUAUUCCAGCUGUGUAGAUGAGGACGUGAGAAGGGGGACUGUUUCUUUCAACGCGUCUUUAGGAGUUUGUGGGCUUCUUCUAUUUUUUCUCUUGGUAUCUGGAUGUAUUCUCAAGAUUGGAAGGGACAGCUUGUGUUUCUCUGUCCUUCACAAUGUUCCCUCCACUACCAGUUGUGAAGAUGCAGAGAAUAAGACAUGGGCCCAUCCCUACACUGGAAAUCAGUUCUACACAGGACUGCACAGUACUGAGAGGUCUUUGUGGGUGAGCUUCUUUUUCUGGGCGUUAAUUACAGCAGUGAUUGUCAUACAGAGACGCCAGAACUCACGGUUGAAGGUUUGGGGUGAUGAUGAGUGGAGCCGUGCUGAGACAGAGCCCUUCCUCCAUCGACCUUCCCGCGCUUAGUAAAUCUCCAGAGAUCACCAUCACAUGAGCAAGUUAUCAUGCGACAGUACUUUCAGUAUACAGAACAUUCACAUAGAUCACAAGCAGCACCAAUCAUUCUUAGGGGUAUUUUUUGUUGCAACACCUGAAUGUUUCUCCUUGUCAAGUUUAUUCCAAAGGACAAUCAUAGUUAUUCACAUAAACAGGAUAUUAAUGUAUGAUGGGUGCAAUAAUGUAGGCAUACACAAAAUUCAACAGAUGUGUAAGGCUAGGUAUCGCAAACCACCUCAGUAUAAGAUAGGUAUUGCGAAACACGUUACAAUUCAAUAUAUCGCAAUAUAUCACAAAAUCAUAAUAUGAUUCGAUCCAAUUCCGAUUCACAAGCUUUCAAUUCCAAUUAAUUUGGGUAUAUUUCAGUUAUAAUGUCCAUUUUGCUUACAUACAGUGUGAAAGAAAUUCUCUUUUUUAGCUAAUGCUGAAUAUCAAUGUAUAUUAUAUUAUAGCACAAAUAGCAGAAUAUAAAUAUUGAUACAUGGUUCUAAAGUAUUGAUAGAAUAUAGUGACAAAGUAUUGCGAUAUAUCGAUAUAUGUUUGUUUGACUCAGCCCUAUUCAAAACCAUAUCAAUGAAUAUACACCGAUCAGCCACAACAUUAAAACCAUCUGCCUAAUAUUGUGUAGGGACCCAUAGUGCCGCCAAAACAGCGCCAACCCGCAUCUCAGAAUAGCAUUCUGAGAUGAUAUUCUUCUUAUCACAAUUGUACAGUUACCGUAGACUGCUUCAGUUAAUGUUCACAUCAACCAUCAGAAUGGGGAAAAAUGUGAUCACAGUGAUUUGGACUGUGGCAUGAUUGUUGGUGCCAGACGGGCUGGUUUGAGCAUUUCUGUAACUGCUGAUCUCUUGGGAUUUUCACGCACAACAGUCUCUAUAAUUUAUGGUGCCAAAAACAAAAACCAUCCAGCGAGGGGCAGUUAUGUGGACGGAAAUGCCUUGUUGAUGAGAGAGGUCAACAGAGAAUGGCCAGACUGGUUCGAACUGAUAAAGUCUACAGUAACUCAGAUAACCACUCUGUACAAUUGUGGUGAGAAGAAUAUAAUCUCAGAAUAGCAUUCUGAGAUGCGGGUUGGUGCUGUUUUAGCGGCACGAGGGGGACCUACACAAUAUUAGGCAGGUGGUUUUAAUGUUGUGGCUGAUCAGUGUAUAAUAAAUAUGAAACACCAGGAUAAGGAAAUAUUCUACUGUCAUCCUACUGACAAUAAUUUUUUGUAACCAUGUUAUGUUUCAGUAAUUUUUUUUUUUUUAAUUUUUUUUACUUAAUCCAAUUGGAAUACAUUUUUAUAAAUAAAUUACUUUGUUCACAUAUGGUAUCUGAAAGCACACACAAAAUAUUUUGAUUUGAAAAUUUUCUUUACAUUUUAUUGGUUUUAUUUCACUUUGUUACACCUGUCGUGUUUACCGGCCAUUGGAAAUGAAUGAUUGGGGCUACAAAAAAAGAAAAACAUGGUGUUCAGGAGCCUGUCCAUCCAUCUGAUGAGCACAUAUGUGUAUGUGUACUUGCAUACAUAAAGUCCUCGGACAUGUGUACACACUCAUACACACACACCCACACACACUAUGGAUUUCUAAGCAAGCUCUGAAAUUUUGUAUGAUUUUACCAAUGCAGCAAAGGUUCAGAGGUUGCCUGGGAAUCCAAAGGGCGCGUGGGUGUGGGUGUGGGUGUGUGUGUGCUUGGACAUGUGCACAUACACACAAACCUGUGGUGUUCCUGGUUAGAAGUGAGAAAUUUUUUGUUGUUGUUCAGGAGCCUGUCCAACCAUUAAAUGAGCACAUAUGUGCAUGUGUGCAGGCCUAUUGUCAAUAAAUUCCAAAAAGAGGUACAAAAACUUUUCUAGUUAUUAGAAAUCAAGUUGGAAAAAAGAUCUAAUGCAAUAUUUAAUGACAAUAAAUGGAUUGUGAGAUUCAUAAACCAUUUAAAUGGGUCGUUCAUUUUGACCCGAUAAAACAAGGAGUGGUAACCAAUUAGGAACACAGCACAAGGGUUAAAGCAAUAUUUGUGAUUAUCACAUUUCUUUUUAAUUUCUUUGUAUUUUAUUGAUCUGCUUUUUCUUCUACACAAGUAAAAUGUGAACAAUUAACCUCCCUUGAGUUGUUAAGUAAUAUGUCAUUCUAUUAUUACAAAUUGACUGUAGUAGUCAGAACUGUUACACAUAGUCCUUUAUAAUCCCCCCCCCCCCCAAAAGGGUUCUAUUCAUAUUGGUAACAUUUAACAUCUAAAUAUAACAACUAUACUGUAUGUGAAGGGUUUAUUUUAUUGUUUCUUGCAAAAUUGUGAAUAAUGAAAGUUAUAUUUGUUCGCUUAUACUUGUCUUGUACAAAUGUUGUGGAGAAAUUAGAGGAUUAAAAGAAAACACCAGAUCAGUUUAAAUUAUUGUACAGAAUACAUCUUUAACUGAAAAUGUUUUAUCCUGUCAUUUACCUAUUCACUGAAUUCUGAUGGCUCUAAAUACAGGCAAUCAUUUAAUCCCAUCCAUUUAAUCCCCUUGACUCAAAGUUGCUUGCUGAGUUUACGGGCCUGCCUCUCUUUGGCUUCAAACGCCACCUUGGUGUCCAUCAAAGCUUCAAACGACUUGUACAUCCCAGCCAUGUCCUGUUGAAGCACAGCACUUUGCUCAUGUAGACUCUGGCCUUCAUUUCUCAGCUGCUGAGCUAGAGCAGCCAAUUGGACACUCUCCUCCUGACAAUGAGUGUGCAGCUGAAUGGCCUGUGAGAGCAAGUGCUCAGCAUGAUUCACCAUCGAGUCCAGCUGGUCCUUUGACAUCCUGU